CUUGACUGCAGUAGGGGGGGGAUAAGUCUACUCCUACUGCCAAACAGCAGCUUUGCGAUCGGAGAAGAGUGUGUGAGAGUCGACGGUGCUGCAGCACACACAUAGAUCAUACAUACUCCCCCAUAGCAUAGUUUGCUGCCUCUCGUCUCCGGAACGUAUCCGUUUUGAGAUUAAAAAAAAAAAACAAGUUCGUCUUUCAUGGCCAAGGAUCAGCACUUGCGACCUUGGUUUCUGGAUCUAGUGCCAGCUUUGGUUAUUUUCCUCGCCGCAGCUCAUGUCAUCGCCUUGGGUUACUGGAUUUACAGAUUAGCUACUGAUCGUCGACCUCAGAGAGGAAAAUUUCACUGAAGAUUACAUCCAUCCACUAGGUACCCUUCCUUCUUCAGUGGGGUUUCACACGUUGUCUGAGGGUCCCAAGAGAACCGACUAGAAGAUGUAACCAAGCGUAGAAAAUUGUCUUCCGAAACAAUUUUAUUUGGCUGGAAAUGGUAUUCAGUAGUUAGUUUUGAAAACAAAGAUCACAAUGUGGAAUUGUAUAGGUUGUAAAAGUUUUUUGUUAAAAAAACAAAAAAUCAAAAAAAAAAAAACCCUCUUCAUGGCAGUUUUAGAAGAUUUAAAUGACUUUGAUCACAAAAUCAAGUAUCUUCAUUUAUUUAUUUUUCUCUCAUGUCAUGUUUCUUCAAGGAGGAGUUUAUUGAUAUUGUUAGUUUUCUGUUUCUGCUUGUGAGCUUGCUAUUAUGUGACAACUCUUAUAAAAGCUUCAAUUAGCUGGCACAGAUUCA